AUGGUGGAUUUCAGCAAAGUGCCGAAGCAGUGGGACAGUAUUGCCACGUUGAGGAAGCGAGCCAUCAAGGGGAGGCGACUGAUGGUUUCGACGGUGAAAGAUGUUUCCCAGGUGCUGGGAAACAUAAAGAAUGUGGCAGAAAAUUUCGAGGUUUUGUUGCCACUGGUGGAAUGCAUGUCGAAGUGCGGGCGUGUGGAUUCCCCUUCCGUUGACGAUAUCACCCCCCUGGUCGUUGAGUUUUAUAGCGAAGCUGGGUUUCCGGACACGGCCAAUCUGGAAGCCUUGGCCCACCAAGACUCUUGGGGAAUAAAGCGGUGCUUGACUUUGUUGCGGAGGAAGUGGAGUCGAGGCGAGAGUCCAAAGGAUUCACGUGCUGCACAGCUUGUGAAGCUCUACGAGAAGGCCUUCUCUGUCUUCUUGACGGCUGGCGGUGAUGCCACAAGCCUCCAGCGUGCAGAUUCCGGAGAUGAUGGCACAGACCCGUACAUCUUGGAUGAGGAUGAUAGCGAUGAUGCCCCGCCAUUGGCAAUGGGUGCCUCGGAGCCGGCGGCUAUCAUGGAUGCGGAGGCCCCUGGUGGGCCUUUGGAGCUCAGUGCUUUGCCGGAGGCUGUGGAGCCCCCUGCCGGGGCUGGGGCCUUGUCUGAGGAAGAAAGAUUUCCGGAGCACUACUCCUCGGAUGACAUGGCGCCCCGAUGCUUGGAGUCCUUACUCCGGGAGAUUGAUAGUCCGGUUGAGGCCCGUGAGGAGCCAUCUUCGACCCGAAGGGUCGACGAGGACAAGAUCAAGAAUUUGCGGCUUUUGAUUGCUGCUGGUGCCAGCAAGUUGUCGGAGCUGCAAAGGGCGAAGCCACUGGAAGGCCAUGCCAAUGCAAGUUCCCUCGGGAGGAUUGCUACGGGGUCUUCUUCGAGCGAGGCCAAGCGGAUGGAUGCUUUGGAAACACAGGCAUGGGAUGGAACUCCGGAUAUGAGUUUGAGGUUCUCUGAGGUCAUUGACUUGGAUACUCCAGAGAAAAGGGUGAAAUCAGAGGCUGUUUUGGAAUUGGCGGAGCCAGAGGCAAGCCAGCUUGCAGAGCCAGUCUCCUCGAUCCCCAUGGAGGUAGAUCCCGCCCAGAUUGCAGAGCCAGUCUCAUCGAUCCCCACGGAGGUAGAUCCAACCCGUGUUGCAGAGCCAGUCUCAUCGAUCCCCAGCCAAGUGGAAGCAGAUGCGAGCCCGCUUGCAAAGCCAGUCUCAUCGAUUCCCAUGGAGCUAGAUUCACCCCAGUGCCCAGGGCCAGUCAAUGCCGAGAACACGCAGUCCCCAGAGCCAACUCCCAAACCCAAACCAGUCCAGCUGCUCUACAAGGAGGAUUUGACUCCAGACAAGGUCCAGCUGCUGACGCGCAACGAGCAGCUUGCCAUGAAAGCAGAUGUGGCUGGCGAUGACAAGCCCGGCAAAGGCAGAGGGAGAGGUGGGGGACGGGGACGGGGGCGGAAGGCUACCCCCAAGAACUCCCCCCCGAAACCUCCGGUAGAGGAUGAGCAGGCUCCGAAGGAAGAUGAUUGGGGCAAUUGGGACGGGGAUGAGUGGGGCCAGGAUGAGUGGGGUGAGGAUGAGUGGUGGGAGGGCGAAUGGAAUGAUCAGGAAUGGGCCGAAUGGGAGGCUUGGGAGCAGAGUGCAGAGCCUGCCACAACGACUUCCAAAAGGAAGAAGAAGGUUAAGGCUGGCAAAGCUGCUGCUGCGACUGCAGCAGAGGCACCGAAAGCCGAGGCUUCAAAACCCGCGGUGCCGAAGGCGAAAGCCGCGGCGAAAGCAAGAGCUGUCGGCCGGGCACGCAAAGUCACGACAACCGUUGUGCCGGCGGAUGACGAUGAUGACUUCGACUACCCGCUAACGUUUGCGCGGCGCGCUGUCCCUGCACACGCCCAUAGUGAGUCCUGGGUUAUUUGGAGGGCCAUCGCCAAGACAUUCUGGCUCCACAUCCUUCCCCACAUCGAGAAUGGAACCCGAACGAGUUGCGAGGCUGGGUACUACCUCUACGCCCGCAUCCGCUGGCUUCAGAGCGGGCUGUCGCCCGCAGACAAAGAUUUCUUUGAGACCAUGACCAUGGCAGCUCAAGAGUAUGUGGUUCUACGACCCACCCUGGCUGAGGUGCCGAUUCCUAGCUGA